UCCGGGGUCACGCAUGUGAGCCGGAAGUUGUCGGUGAGCAGGGAGUUGCCGGGUGACGGCAGGAGCCAUGGCAACGCCGAAUCUGCCCGAGGACCAGGUGGAGGCCCGCAUCCGGCAGGCGAUGCGAUACAAGGCGGAGGGCAACGAGUACUACAACCAGAGGAGGCUGCGGGAGGCUAUCAGUCGUUACCACUGGGCUCUGAUGCAGCUCAGGGGCUUGGACCCCAGCGAACCCACCCCCCUGUACGCCUUCGGCGAUGAGAAAGUCAAACUCAGCCCUGAGCAGAUGGCACUGCUGCGCGACACCGAGUGUGACUGCUACAACAACUUGGCAGCCUGCCUGCUCCAGUCCGAGAAGGUGAACUACAACAGGGUGCGGGACUACUGCCUGAAGGUAUUAGACAGGCAGGCGGAUAAUGCCAAGGCUCUGUACCGGGCUGGAGUGGCCCUGUACUACAUCAGAGAUUACGACCGGGCCCUGCACUACCUCUCAGAAGCGGUGAAGCUGUCUCCAAACGAUGUCCAAGUGAAGAGGUACCUGCAGGAGACCGAGCGAUGCCUCACCCAGUACCACAAGCGGGAGAAAUUGAUGUACAAAGAGAUGUUUGCCAAGUGAGCGUAGCGGUACCCUCAUGCCUGGUUCCUCGUUGCCACCCAUUGGAACAUUUGCCUCAGCUCCCCUCCACCCCCCACCCCCCCACCCCAACCCAGCACCUCGUGUAUCCCUCAGCAGGGAGGAAGGAAGGACGGCACAUUUCACGUCUGUUCAGAGUGAACUUGGUGGCACCCCCCUAUGUCAAAUCUACCCGUCUGCAGAUUGCUACCGACUGUCUCUGGUCAGGGUGGCGUUGGGCGUGUGUUGCGUAUACACCGUUAUUUAAUCCAGGCACCGGAAUGAUGCGUGUGUGUUUUUUUUUUGUUGCUUUUCAUUUCCACUGAAAUGAUAAAAAGAGAUGCCCGAUGUUUUCGGAUCGG